AUGCUGUCCACCACUACGCGCACAAGAGCGCCUGCCGCUUCAAGGCAGGCUGCCAAACUCGCCAAAGCAGCCAUCGUCUCCGCGAAUGCCAGCCCGAGCCCGCAACAGGCCGGCCUGCGCCUGCGCCUUGCCGCGACCCCCUACUGCUGCCACGGCUGCCGCUCGUUCUCGACGACGCCCGUAUCGCAGCUCAAGGACUUCUUCCCCGCCAAGGACACACACCUGAUCCAGACGACGCCGGCCGCGUGGCCCCAUCCCGGCUACACCCUCGAGGAGAUGAAGGCCGUCGUGCCCGCCCACCGCAAGCCGCGCACCUUUGGCGACUGGCUGGCGUGGAAGACGGUCCGCUUCGCGCGCUACUGGAUGGACAAGGCGACAGGCAUGGACCGCGCCCAGCAGGUUGACAAGGCGCAUCCCACAACCUCCGUCGAGGCAGACAAGCCCUUGACCGAAGCCCAAUGGCUCAUCCGAUUCGUCUUUCUCGAGAGCAUUGCUGGUGUGCCUGGCAUGGUCGGCGGCAUGCUUCGACAUCUGGGCAGCUUGCGCCGCAUGAAGCGCGACAACGGCUGGAUCGAGACUCUUCUCGAAGAAAGCUACAACGAACGCAUGCAUCUGUUGACGUUUAUGAAGAUGUGUGAGCCUGGCUGGUUCAUGAAGCUCAUGAUCAUCGGUGCCCAGGGCGUCUUCUUCAACGGCAUGUUCCUCAUGUAUCUUGUGAACCCCAAGAUUAUCGAUCAAAGAAAUCGAAGAGGGCCAUCUGCCGCGCUGGGCGGAUCCCAAAUUUCGCAUUCCAGACAUCGCUGUUCAGUACUGGAGAAUGCCAGAGGGCCAUCAGACCAUGAAGGAUCUUUUAUUGUACAUUCGCGCCGACGAGGCGGGCCACAGAGGCGUCAAUCACACGUUUGGAAACCUGAACCAAAAGGAGGACCCCAACCCGUUCGUUAG